GUUCAACUUCUACUCGUUUAUGUCUAUGGAACGUACGACCAACGUAAAGGAGGAAAAACAAAAUAACCAAUCGUAUUCGUGGAGGGGCGGGACAAACCCGAAUAUAACGUCGUUAUUACUGCUGUGGACUAUAAUAAUCUUAAUAAUAUAACUGGUAGGCAGUGACAUAAUUGUGUUUAUCUAUGUUUGAGGUGCAGAAAGAGACAAGAGGAUGCUGGACAGAGAGUUGGGAACACACUAAUGUGCAAUGGAACUGGUUCCUCAUCUUUCUCCCAGUCUGGGUCUUCGACGGCAUCCUCAUCCUCAUGCUCGCCGUCAAGAUGGCGGGGCGCUGCAAACUCGGGUACGACCUGCGCAACGGCUCGUCGUCCCUGCGCCUACGCACUUGGUACUUGACCGCCAUGCUGCUCAAACUGGGCUUCUGCCUGACGCUGUGCGCCAAGCUGGAGAAGCUGGCCGACGUGAAGCUGACGUUCGUCUGCAUACCCCUGUGGACCAUGCUGCUGGGAGCACUGGUGGAGCUGGGGCUGAAUAUUUGUCCUGAAAGAAGAGAGGCUUGAAACAGUCUCGUCUCAACACACUUUCUGAGUAAGAGAACAGCCCUCUAAAAGAAGCCGCUAGUUGGUCAAUCAAUCCCCAGAGCUUCAAUUCUUUAUUGAAGAGCAGCUGUUUGUUAAUCUACUGUGAAGCCAACACUGAAGAAAAAAAAUUUUCAUGAUCAGUAUUGUUUUUUUUAGUAUUUAAAUUGUUUACUUUGUAAUUGUUAUACUUGAGUUACAUGUGCUUUGGCUGCGUUCCUCCACACUUCUUUCAUUCCUCAGCUGGAAAAUUGGGAGUUAGCUUAGCUGCUAGCACUCACCAUCCUGUCAUUUAUCCUCUGGCUGCUCCUGGAUUUUCUACAAGCUCCUUUUUCUACUCUAUAAGUAGUAAUGUGUCUCGAACCGUUACUCUCUUUGCAUGCAGAGUAAAUCCAAAUUAAACCCUUUCUACCAGCAGUUUAUUUGUGGAUUGGAUCUCAGUCGAAUUCGUUCUUGUACCACUAAUGUUUAUUUUGUGCCAACAAUUGCUCCAAACACUUUUUUUUUCAGUAUAUAUAUAUAUAUAUAUUUUUGCACUUUAUUUAACAAAAAAAAAAGAAAACAACACUGUUUAAGACUGUAUGCAUGUGAUGUAAUUAAUAAAUGUCUGAUUUCUAUUACACUGGGUGUUUCUUUUUGUUACAGUUCAUAUUCCUACCUAAUAAUUUACAAAUGUAGGAGGCUCACUUAUUAGGAGAUAAUAAAGCUGUUGGGGGAAAUCUAAACAAGACAAUCUGAAAUAGCCUGAGGAGGAGGAGGCACACUGCCAGGAGAGUGGCUGCCCUUUAAAGGAAACUUCAGCUCAUCUGACAUGCAGCCAGCACACUGCACAAGUUUGUCCAAUAUUACACAACACUUAACAAUUAAUAACUCGACAGAAGGAUAAUAACAGGAGCAGGAAAUGAUUCUCAGCAGGAAUCUGAGAAGUAGGGAGAAAAUUUGGUUUGGGGUGAAUUUGAGCCAAAGCAAACCAGCACUGAAUUAUGUAGCCACAGCGUUAGAGUGUGUGUGUGUGUUGUCUGCCUGAAUCACAGUGGUGGUCUUUGUGAUGCAGACCGCAGGCGGUGGGUGGUUGCAUAACAGCUGUAAAGAACAUACAGGCAGGUAAACAAAACACACACAGAAGGAGAAAAAUAACUACAUUUAAUUUAAAAAAAACCUACUUGUAUUUAACAUUAUUUUCUCAAAAAUGUUAAGUUGCUUGUUAUUUAGCUUCUAUUCAUGGAUCUGUAACACAAACAUGAACUGCUGCUGCCAUUCAUUUUCAGUACUUUUGUUUUUAUUUCUACGUCUGGUUCCGUUAUUGAGGGUUUAAUUCUCUUUCCUGAACAAAGCCAAUGACAGACCUGUUAGCUGCAUGUCUGUCCCAUAAAAAGUAAAAAUGUCAUUUCUCUUAGAACUGGACUAUUUGUGAUCACUUGUUCUAAACUCACAUUAGUCAUUCACUAAUGUCAUUCACUGUGUGCGAACUGAUACCGGCUGGUUUGUGUGAUCAUUUUUUGUAAGCUUUAUGGAGUUUCAUGUGAACUUUGUUUUUAUUAACAUAAUCUCAUUAACAGAGAACAGUGAUAUGUGUUUAAGGUCUUCUACUAUCAGUAGGUCUUUAGCAUUUAGCUUUUUUUAAAAUCACAUUCUAGUGACGCUGGCAGAUCUACGGUAUAUACGGCAUAUAGCUAAGUCCAGCCUUUUGUCUGGGUGUGCAAGCCCAAGAAGAAAAAUAUGUAAUUUACUCUGAUUACUUUGCUUCUGUAUUCAGACUAAAGGCAUCAUUCUGCUACAAUUUUAACUGAAAUAGGAUUUAAUUGGAUAAGAAUUUGAACCUUUAAAAAAAAAAAAAUUGUCUUAAGAUGACAAAUGAGGAUUUCAAACGAGAGAACAGAAACGUAUAAACGGUUUUCAUACUUUGAACCUUUUAUUAGCUAGGUUCAUAUUUAAAGUAGAAACCACACUACAAGUUUUUUCCUCUUUACAAAAACCUCUUAUGUACACUACAGUGCUGACAGUUGAAAUAACUAAAAUGGAAAAAAAAAACGUUGAUAUAAAUAAAUCCUGUGAAAACAAUGCUAGCCCCCGAGGACAUCUGUUUUCAACCAAAGGUUUUGUUACAAUUGUACCAAAAUAAAAUAAAAUAAAAUUAAAAGAAAAAAGGAUCUUGUCAUGUUUCUGUAACAUUUAAACCCAAAAAGCACAAAACGAGCUGCAGAGCAACCUUACGACUGUUGAUCAAAUGCUUCGUUAUCGACUUUAUCUCCCCAGAGAUGCACAGAGUAAGGUCGCUCAAAUUGGGUCGUUUGAGGCAGGAAAGACAGAAAAAAA